UCUGACGCAGCAGCGGCCAAUGUCUUGGUGCAGUGCUUGCUGGGCCAAGGUAGUUUGCAACUGGAAGGUUGGAAACCUUCCAAAGCCGUGACAGAUGCCAUCGCCCUGCUCGCGGAGGAGGCACGGCAGCAGCUGCCGGACGUGGCCCUCGGGCUCUGGCCGGGUGCCAGCGAGGCGGAGCCCUACGACGAGAUGCGCGAGGCCAAAGGCCGUUGUCGUCCAGCCUAUGUUGGGGUGGUGGCGCAGAUCGAACAAAUUUUGAAGCAAAAACCGAAGCGCAUCAACGACUUCAAAGAAGAGUCUGAGAAGUGCUUCAAAGGAGACAACCGCUUGUAUCACAUUCCGCGGAUGCUGACCCGACAGGAGGCGGACAAGGUCAUCGCAGGGGUGGCGCAACGUGCCCAAGCCCUGCGACGACUGGUGAUGGAUGUGAACUCCCGAAAGGAGAUGAAGGUGGGUCAGCUGAGCUGCGUUAAAUGCGGCGCAUUGCCUCGGGAAGUCUUCAGCCGCAUCGCGGCCCGCGCGGGGGAGCAGUGGACGCAAAACCUGGUGCAGAAGGAGGGCGAGUCCAAGAAGCUCUACUGGAACAUGUGGUAUGGACCCGACAUCAUCCGGGGCCCCUCGGAAAAUGGGCAUGACUUCUAUGUCGUGGAGGACAACCUGGGCUACGUGGGGGGCUUCGGAGAUCUGCCCUUGGCCCGUUCCGUGCUGCUUGGGGAAGCCAGCGGAUCCAAAGGAUUCCCCGAGUUUAAGCCCUUUCUGGAGCUCGAGAAUGCGGAGAGGCUCUAUGAGGAGAUGGCCGCGCAUUACAAACGAAACGUCGCGGAGGGGGAGAAGGUGGUGGUUCUCUACUACCACCGCUCCGUCCGGGACGACAACGAAGACCGGCGCCUGGUGACGUUGCUGCGACAGAAAGGAUUGGUUCCCGUGCAGUUGCCAGAUGAAAAGGGCCCCAGAGAGGAUCAACCGAGGCUCGUGGUCCGCCACGGCCGCGUCUUCCUGGUGGAGCGGAAGACGGUGAAGGUAGCGCGGACAGGGGAGGUUGAAGGGUUUAGGACCGCAACGGCCGAAACCUCCGAACCGGUGGGUCUGGUGGUGCUGCUGUCGGAGCCUACGGAUGUGCAGCCCGGCCAUGCUAGUACCAAGCUGCGCUCCGCCAUCGAUGAGGCCAGACAAAGGAUUGAAGCCUACGAGGAGAUGGAAACAAAGGAAAAGAUGAAGGCCGCCAGAAAUGAGAAAUCCCUGGUGUCUGUGAAGAGCAAAGUGGAUUUCUUGGACACUGAAGGCAAUAAAAGUUCUCUUCAGAUGAAAGGUGGCAAACUCAUAUGGACCUGGACGGAGAAAGGGACCAAUCAAAGUGAACGGACGCAGGGACCCAUUCGCUACAACGUGGCCACCGGCAAGUUGACGUUUGGGGACUAUCACUACAAGCCGGACGCCGAAGGUUUGAAAAAGUUGGAGCAGCAAUGGGAGCUCAGCAAUCUACCCAUUGAGGCGCAACGGGCACACCUGGCGGCCAGGGAGCUGCGGGACGCGGUGGAGCAGCUGAGUUGUGGCGGCUUGGGAGAUGCCAAGCCUGCGCAAAACCAGCUCUUUCGGAUGCUGCGGGCCGACGACAAGGAGGGCUGGCAACGGUUGAUGGAGGGCAAGCAAGGGGUGCCAGGGCUCUUGGAAGCCUACUACAAGGGCCGUGUCAAGGUGGCGAAUGGGCCUGGACUGGUGCUCGUUGAGGACAAGGAGCUGUGCGCCUACAUGGACAAACUCAUCCAACACUACCUCGGUGAGGAGCCCAUCUUGCGGACCAUCCCCACGCGGAGUUUUUCAACGGAUCCGCAGUUGCUGCACACGGUCUUCGACAUCCCAAGCAAUCAGUCAAAUGUGGUGGUGAAGCGUGUGGAUGGCAGGGGAGGCAACGCUGUUUGGGUCGGCGCCAAGUUGCCGCGCAACGAUUUCUUGGCGGCACGGCCCCUGGUGGCGGCUGAGCCUGAAGCGUUUAUUGUGCAGAGAUACACGGCCCUUUCGAAGGUAGAUGGACAGAUUACCGACCUUCGUGGGCCCGCCUUCAUCACCAGCAGCGACGAGCCCUUGAGCGGUGGAACAGGUGUAGCGGUGUCUCCUGUCCUUUGGUCUCGUGGAGUGCCUGCCGAUGGGAGCAAUGGCAAGGUCAACAUCUCUGACGCGGGCUUCGAAUUUGCCGUGGCCACAGCGGUGGAAAAACCACCGAGGGUCUCAAAUGGCAACCGGGAACAUCAUCCGCAGGUGCUACAUGCCAUGGAGACCAAUGCUACCAAAGGAAGGUGUCUCUUAAAGCGCAUGUACUGGAAACUCUCGC